AUGCGAUUCCUGGUGCAUCUUCUCAGCCUCUGUGUUUUCUCAGGUCUUGGCCUGGCAGCCCCAUCAUCACUCCCUGCCUCAGAUCUUGAGAGUCGCCAGCUCGUCAGUGGCCUUCUCAAAGGCGUUGAUGGUACCCUAGAAGCGGUUGUUGGAGGCCUUCUUGGUACGCUUCGUAAGGCGAUUGACAGCGGCGACAGAGAUAAGACGCUGGAUAUCCUACAUGUGCUUCAACCUACCAAGAAGCACAAGACUGUGCAAGAUGUUUCUGCCGCUUUGGAGGACAUUUCAAAGUCCAAGCCCAAGACCAUCAUCGAUUACAGCGCGCAAUUGAUCGUGAAUGGUCUUAUUUCUGGAAACACGCUGGAUCUCUUCGCUUAUGCCAAGGGUCUUGUCUCGGAUCAGAAUGGAAGCAAUAACAAGAACCGCAACCCUCCCAAGAAGGUCUACCCAAAGGUAGCAGACUGCGAUGCUCCUUACACCACCUCUGAAGCCAAGCUCCGCGCCGCCAUUCAUAUUCCUCCCACCUUUACCUACGGCGAAAAGCCUCCCGUCAUUUUGUUUCCUGGCACUGGAUCUACUGGUUAUACCACGUUCCGUGGUAAUUUUAUUCCAUUACUCACCGACGUCGAAUGGGCAGACCCCGUUUGGGUAAACGUCCCUGUGCUGCUGCUUGAGGAUGUUCAAGUCAAUGCUGAGUAUGCUGCAUAUGCACUCAACUACAUCGCCUCCCUUACCAAGCGAGAAGUUUCUAUCAUUGCUUGGUCCCAAGGCAACAUUGAUGUCCAGUGGGCGCUCAAGUACUGGCCCUCCACACGCAAAGUAACGACCGACCAUGUUGCCAUCAGCGCUGACUACAAGGGCACAAUCUUGGCCAAUAUUGGCGGUGCCACUGGUUUGAUCAACACACCUGCAGUACUUCAACAAGAAGCCGGAAGCGCAUUCAUCAAUACACUUCGCUCUGACGAUGGUGACUCUGGCUACAUCCCCACUACAAGUCUGUACUCUAGCCUUUUCGAUGAGGUUGUUCAGCCUCAAGAAGGUACUGGCGCGUCAGCUUACCUACUCGAUGCUCGUAAUGUCGGCGUUGUCAACGCUGAGGUUCAAAAGGUUUGCGCUGGGAAAUUGGCUGGUUCAUUCUACACGCAUGAGAGUAUGCUCGCGAACCCUCUGACGUUUGCGCUUGCCAAGGAUGCUCUUACUCACCAAGGACCUGGAAAAAUAUCUCGAAUUAACCUUGCCGAAGUUUGCAAUAGGUCUUUGGCACCUGGUCUUGGCCUAGAAGAUUUGCUGAUCACCGAGAAUGCACUUGUCAUCGCCGCUCUUUCACUGGUCUUGUAUCUUCCUAAGCAGCUAGAGGAGCCAAUGAUCAAGCAAUACGCGUUUGAGGCGACUGGUACAUGCUAG